AUGCCAGUCCGGAGGGGCCAUGUGGCUCCGCAGAACACCUUCCUGGAUACCAUCAUCAGGAAAUUUGACAGUCAAAGUCGCAAGUUUGUCAUAGCCAAUGCUAGAGUGGAGAACUGCGCCAUCAUCUUCUGCAACGAUGGCUUCUGUCACAUGUGUGGCUACUCAAGGGCUGAGAUCAUGCAGAAGCCAUGCACGUGUAACUUCCUGUAUGGACCUGACACCAAGCGACUGGCUAUUGCCCAGAUGGCUCAGGCCCUGCUGGGGUCAGAGGAGAGAAAAGUGGAGAUCAACCUUUACCGAAAAGACGGUCAGUGCAUCCUGUGCAUGGUGGACGUGGUGCCAGUGAAGAAUGAGGAUGGCGUGGUGAUCAUGUUCAUCCUCAACUUCGAGGUCAUGACAGAUGAGUCUCUCCGAGACCACAAACAAGAGCUGAACCAUCGCCUGCCCACCUGGCUUGUCACAGGUCGUCCACGAGGCUUCAAACUGCGUCUUCCCCUGCUGCGCUCCCUGUCCAACAGUAAAGCUUCUUUGGACGAUGCAGAGGCUGGCCACAUCCCCACAGCAACACCAGUGUCACUACAUCCAGAAGACCACCGUAGCCACGAGUCCUUAGGCCUGGGGGAAUUUCUGCCCCUCCCCCCCUUGCCACCAAAUCACCAGGAGCAACGCAGUGGAAGCAGGUCAGGUCUACAGAGUUGGCCUGAAGACCGCCAGGAAGACCAACACACCUUAUUGUGCUCUGAGCGCUCAGUAGCUGCUCCACCACCUCAUACCCACGGAGCCCACCUGGUGGGUCCCCUCACCCAGUCCUCACCCUGUGUAGCACCCCACCACCGGCUCAGCCUCAACCCUGACGGCUCAGCCUCCAACUGUUCUCUGUCGCACAGCCGCUCGAGAGAAAGCUUUCACAGCAUGCGUCGUGCCUCCUCCGUAGAUGAGAUCGAGGCCAUGAGGCCGGAAUGGGAUCGUAAGAACCGGAGGUCGAGCGUCCGACCGGCCAGCAGCAGCACCGGUGCAGUAAACAGCAAGUCAAACAUGUUGAAUUCCACGUCAGACUCUGACCUUAUGCGGUACCGCACAAUUUCCAAAAUCCCUCAGAUCACCCUCAAUUUUGUGGAUUUCAAACCUGACCCACUCAUUGCUCUGCCCUCUGGGGAGAUGGACAUCAUAGCCCCCUGCAAACUCAUUGACCGGACACACAACGUCACAGAGAAAGUCACACAGGUGCUGUCUCUGGGUGCAGAUGUGUUACCAGAGUACAAGCUGCAGGCUCCUCGAAUCCACAAAUGGACGGUGUUGCACUACAGUCCCUUCAAGGCGGUGUGGGACUGGCUCAUUCUGCUGCUGGUCAUCUACACCGCCAUCUUGACUCCCUACUCAGCCGCAUUCCUCCUCAAUGAUCAGGAAGAGGUAGCCAUGCACAGUUGCAUUUACUCCUGCUCUCCUCUCAAUGUGGUGGACCUCAUUGUGGACAUCAUGUUCAUUAUUGACAUCCUUAUUAACUUCAGGACAACAUAUGUAAACUCUAAUGACGAAGUGGUGAGCCACCCAGUGCGUAUAGCUGUCCACUAUUUCAAAGGCUGGUUCCUCAUCGACAUGGUGGCUGCUAUUCCCUUUGACCUGCUCAUCUACCGCAAUGGAGAGGAGACCACCACUCUGAUUGGCCUGCUGAAAACUGCUCGCCUCCUGCGGUUGGUUCGUGUAGCCAGAAAACUGGAUCGCUACUCAGAGUACGGUGCAGCUGUCCUCUUCCUUCUCAUGUGCACCUUCGCCCUCAUCGCUCACUGGCUGGCUUGCAUCUGGUAUGCAAUUGGUGACGUAGAGCGGAACGGUUCAAUAGGCUGGCUGCACACCUUGGGAGACCAGUUGGGGAAACACUAUAAUGAUUCUAUCCCAGGUUCAGGGCCUUCCAUCAAAGACAAGUAUGUGACAGCGCUGUACUUCACCUUCAGCAGUCUGACCAGUGUGGGAUUUGGAAAUGUGUCCCCCAACACCAACUCUGAGAAGAUCUUCUCCAUCUGUGUCAUGCUCAUUGGAUCCCUCAUGUAUGCCAGUAUCUUCGGGAAUGUUUCGGCCAUCAUCCAGCGGCUGUACUCUGGGACUGCCCGCUACCACACCCAGAUGUUGAGAGUCAGGGAGUUCAUCCGCUUCCACCAGAUCCCAAACCCACUCAGGCAGAGGCUGGAGGAGUAUUUCCAGCAUGCCUGGUCCUACACCAAUGGCAUCGACAUGAACGCUGUGCUGAAAGGUUUCCCUGAGUGUCUCCAGGCUGAUAUCUGCCUCCAUCUUAACCGGUCGUUGCUUCAAAACUGCAAGGCUUUUAAAGGCUCCACAAAGGGCUGCCUCAGGGCACUGGCCAUGAAGUUCAAGACCACCCAUGCACCCCCAGGCGACACACUGGUCCAUGCUGGCGAUGUCCUCACUGCCCUCUACUUCAUAUCCAGGGGAUCCAUAGAGAUACUAAAAGGAGACGUGGUGGUAGCCAUCUUGGGGAAGAAUGAUAUCUUCGGUGAACCCAUCAACCUGUAUCACCGACCUGGUAAAUCCAAUGCUGACGUGAGGGCUCUGACAUACUGCGACCUUCAUAAAAUUUUGAGAGAAGAUGUUCUGGAGGUGCUGGACAUGUAUCCUGAGUUUGCAGACCACUUCUGGAACAACCUGGAAAUCACUUUCAACCUCAGAGAUACCAACAUGAUCCCAGGUUCUCCCAGCAGUGAUGACUCCAACUCUGGGGGGUUCAACAAAUUAAGGAGACGUAAACUGUCAUUCAGAAGACGCACAGAAAAAGAUGAUGCAGAUGCUGGAGAAAUAAAGAAGUCCCAUAAGUCUGUGAGACGAAGACAGCGGGAGGCAGCCAACAAUCAAAAACAAGAGGAGGUGUCGAAGAGACAGUGGGGGGCACAUCGAAGCUCAGUGUCUUCGCACUCUAGUGGUGAUGAGGGGGAGGUUGUGACUGGCCUUGCCCCUCCGCCUGCAAUGUCAGAGAAUCCACACAAUCUGGCUGUACCCAUGAACUUCACCGAGAACACUGAGGGUGAUGGAGACCCCAAGACUGGGAACACCUGCAAUGCCUUGUCCGGGGCAUUCUCAGGUGUGUCCAACAUCUUUAGUUUCUGGGGAGAGAGUCGGGGUGGUGGUCAGUACCAGGAGGUUCCCAGCUGCAGCCUUGCCUCCCCUCCACCCAUCAACACGCCACUGCACAGCUUGAGCCGCAGGCAACGCAACCAGCUGGACACACGCCUGGACCUGCUGCAGAAACAGCUCAACAGGUUAGAGAGUCGCAUGUCAGCGGAUAUCGGGGUGAUCAUGCAGCUGUUGCAGAGGCAGAUGGCCCUGGUACCUCCCGCCUACAGCGCUGUUUCAUCACCACCUCAGGCCUCACCCUACCCAGGUCCCGGUCCAGGACCAGGACCAGGAGAAAGAGUGGUUCAAUCUGUUACACCUCUUGAGACAGACACACUGGCCUCUCUGUCACAGAUCUUGCAUUCCCAGGACUUUGAGGAGUUCCCAGCCAAGCCACUUGACUCUCUGCAGCCCCAGGACACCCCUUUGAUCAACACAAGCCAGAGCCAGCUUGCUUCCUCUGGUUUGGACAGACUGGGCCAGCAUCUGGGACUAGGCACUGGGUCUGGGGUUGUUUCAGGGGCAGUGGUAGGUUCAGGUUUAGGUUUAGAGUUAGGGGGUGGGAUGGGUGCAGUUUCUAGCUUAGGAGCAGGGUUAGACUUUGGUUCAGGGGUAUGUAUGGGUGCUGGGACAGCUGCUGCAACAGGGGUAUCACCGCUGGAUUCUGAAACUCAAAGGAGGCUGUCCCUCCAAGAACAACAGACACCCCUUGACUCACGGACACCACAGAGACACAGCUCCGACCCAGGGGGGAGCUAAAGAAGAUGUGGGGAUAAGGGGAGUAGAGUGGGAUAAAGAGGGAUCCAGAGAGAAUGAGACUGAUGUUCAGCAACUCUUUAAGUUCUUCCUGUUUCCACUACUUGGAGUGUGUCACUUUGGAGAUCAGGAGACACCUACUGUACCUGCCACUUAAACCCUUUAGGGCACCCGACUACUGUAUCUUCACUGUCAACCUCUCAAUAAGGACUCACUGCUCGGAGAAAGUGAAGCCAGGCAGGGAGUUAAGGAAAUGGUUGAGGCCUUUCUGUCUUCAGUCCCACUCUCUCCUCGGGAAACAUUUGGAGCUUUCUGAGCCCCACAAUGGUACAACCUUUAACCAAAACCACACACUGAGUGAACAUAGUCUGGUCUGGACCUCUCAGUCAUCCUUCUUAAGAUGACACUUUUCAGACUUGCAUAUAAAUGACUGCAAACUUGUAGAAGAAUCCCUUUACUGCUGUAUCCAGUGUUGGAUGACUGACAAGUACGAGCAAAGGCAACAUUGAACAGAAUGAUGAAACUAGUAGCCAUUUACGUCUUGCACUGAAAAUCCUAUUGAUAUGAUGAUUAUUGUAUUCUAUAUGUCCAUGGCGCUUCCGAUAAACUCACAAAAUGGUAAAUUGUAGUGUUAGCUGGCCUAACAGGAGUCCUGCUGUCCCGUCUUGCCAUUAGUUCCUUCCCCCUGAAGUCCUGCACCCAAGAGGUGGAGCUAAUGCUCCACUCUUCCCAAGAGCACACUGGAUUGGCUGGUUUGCACCUCAGGGGUGGUUACUGGAGGGUUAAAAGCCAUGAAUUUUAUUGACGAACAUAUCAACUGCCCUGUCAAACACUGUACAGAUUUGCUAGGGAUUGAAGAACAUUUGGCAUGCUUAGGCAGCGUCACAAACAGGUAAACUGGCAAACUUACAAGUUUUCCGUAAGAACGGUGCACCAAAAAAAGACACCAACAAAACCCCAGCUUACUAAUUUCAUGGGCUAUAAGUUGUGACCUUGCGGCAAAGUUGUGUUGGAUCAUAUUUGUCAUUAUGAAGUCAGCAGCGACAGGAUACCGGAAUGCUCGGAUGUGUAAUGUCAAAUCAAAGUUCAUGUCUAAAGGGAAAACAUGUUGAGUAAUUCUAGUUUAUCAUAGUUGAAUUUGCUACCUCAGAUUUCAUUGGUCCUUACUUUUUUCUCCUAAGCAUGUACCCAGAAUACUUUGUACAUAAGAGUUUGUCAUGUAAUCCGUAAUUACACAAGUUUGCCAGUUUACAAUGACCAGCCGAAUGCGCCAUUAUUCUAUGUACAGUACAAUAUGCAAACACUGGCAAGAAGACAGGAGUGAGUGUUAUUUAAUCUUACUACGUGUGCGAUAAGUUCAGGUCCAAAGCUUUUAUGUGUGUGUUUGUCCUUGUUUUUGUCUUUGAGUCUGCAGAGCCUGCUGUGUGGCACGUUUGCUUCCACGCACUGUCGAGGGUCACUGGAUUCUAAUGAUGAAGGCGAGUUUGUUUCAGUUUGACAAAAAAAAAAAAGAGAUGUGAACGCCUUCUUUAAACAGGCAAAUGGCAGGUUCAGUGUUUGAAUCGACAGCACAAACCCUUUAUAAUGUUGACACCAUCCAAGUUACACCAAGAUUUUUCAUCACUACAGCUACAGAGAACACAGGAAGGAGAAACUGUACUUAGCACAGCUAUUUCUGUUAACACAGAUUCUUGCAGAGGAAUGAAAAGGCUCAGACACAGACUGCAAUCACUUCAACACACCACUGCUUUACCUAUAUGAUAAGAUCAGAAAUGAAGUACAUUCAGAAAGAAACCAGCAAGAAAUAUGCAGCCAUCUGUUUAGUUUUUCAUUAGAAAUGUACCAGUAUGCAGCCAUUUGAUUUAGGAUUCUGAUCGGGUACAUCAAAAAGUGUGUCUGCUCUGGUUCCAUUUAUCUUUACAUACAGUGCUGUUAUAAACAGCAGUUUGUUAGACCAGGGAAGAAGAUGUGUAGCUUCAAACUGUGACCGUUGGCCUCCAUCUUAUAUCUUCCUACAUUUUACCGCAGGACUUCAGUGAAAGGCUGCACCUGAUCAGAGCAACACCCAAUGCACUAUAUUGCCAAAAGUAUUCACUCACCAAUUCCAAAGCAUUGAAUUCAGAUGUUCCAAUCACUUCCAUGGACACAGGUGUAUAAACCAAGCACCUAGUCAUGCAGACUGCUUCUACAAACAUUUGUGAAAGAAUGGGUCGCUCUCAGGAGCUCAGUGACUUCCAGACUGCAACUGUGGUCUGUGGUCUGUGCAACUGGUCUUCUCAUCCAACAUUGGUGUCUGACCUGACAAAUGUGCUUCUGGAAGAAUGGCCAAAAAUUCCCAUGAACACAUUCCUAAACCUUCCCAGAAAAAUUAAAGGUGUUAUAGCUCCAAAGGGUGGCCAACAUCAUAUUAAAGCCUAUUGAUUAAGAAUGGGAUUUCACUCAAUUUUACAUGUGUGAAAACAGACAAGUGAAUAUUUUUGCCACUAUAGCGUAUCAUCAGUCACCAGAUAAAUGAGCCUGUCAGGAAAAUGGCAACUUAAUGCUGAAUUAUGAUAUUUAAUUUGUUUGUAAGUGCUUCUUUGACACCAGCCAUACUGUUGGUGUACAGUGCGCAACUCCUGACUGUGCAGUUAUGUACAGUUGCGGUUUUAAGUUUACUGAUACUCAUCAUGGACAUAAAUGCCAAUGCAAAGCCGGGCUUUCAAAGAUUUCUUUGGACAGAUUGAUAAUGCAGCAGACAUCUUUAAGAGUAUUGAUGGUUUAAGGUUUUGCUGAAAAAAAAAGAGAUUGUCUUUCUCCUUUAUUAUAGUGUGCACUCUGUUCAGUGUACCAGUUCCACUGACAACAAAACAGCCUCAGAGCAUGAUGCUACCAACCUCAUACUUAACAAAUUGUACAGAGUUCUUGGUGUUCCUCCAAACCUAUCUCUGAUAACUUCAAUCAUAUCUAAUCUGACCAAAAAAUGUCCUCCACAAGUUUUUUCUUUGUCCAUGUGGUUGACCACAAACAUUAGUCAAGCUUGAUGGUGUUUAUUUUGUAGCAAGGGCUUCCUUGUUGGACAGCAGCCUCUCAUUCUGCUGCAGUGUAAAACUUGCUUAGCAGCAGACAGUGUGACAGUUGAUGUUCCAGCACCUUCCAGUUCAUGGAAGAUUGAUUCCUUGCUGGUUUGUGGGAUAUUCUGAGUUAAUUUCUUUUCGGUUGAAGGUGGAAAUUUGAGUCUUAUCUUGGGUCUUGGAGUAUGCAGUUCUUCAGAAGUGACCCCAAGAGUCUUUUCUAACUUUUCUGACUCUUUUACAGAUCAGACUUUCUCAUUACACUGUGUGUUAGUCAGUCCAAGCAGUGCUUUGUUGGUACUGAGAGGCUACCAGCUGUAUUCAGUCAUGAUCAAUACCAGAAGGUUAAAAGGCCUUGAGAGGCAUUUUCGUAAUAAUUAUUUCAGAAAACGCCAAAAAUAAUUUAAAAUACUUACAUUUUCUACUCUUCAUGAUGUUUGCUGUGCAAUCAUUUAGUCCCAGAACACCAAGGUCCUGUUUCCCAUACAGGGAUUAUGUCUAAUCCUGGACUAAAUACUUUUUCCUAUUUUGGUCUUCAUUGACUUUUUCCUUUUAGUCUAGGACCAUGCAUAAUCCAUAACUAGGAAACCGGCUGCAAAACAUUCAUGUCCAGAUGUCCAAAAACACCAGAACACCAAACAAAUAACCAGAACUAUAAGGAUCACGAGGAUGAGUCUAGGAUUAAUUUCUAAUUAAGUGGCCUCAAGAGAAUGGCUGUACACCUAGCUUACAAAUUGUAUGCCAAAAAAUGAAACCAUCUAUAAAAGGAAUAAAGAAGAUGGCACAUAGACUCUAAAUGGUAGUGGUAUCACUGUUGAUAUAGAGUAAAGUUGGAAUCUAGAUCUUAUGCAGAUACCUCAAGGCAGACAGAUGUAUAUAAAAUCAUAAUAGGCAGUGGAGGUGCAAAGAUACUCCUUUAUACUGUAAUAAAAACUGAGGUUGCUUUUCUGCAUAAAUGGUCAUGUCUGUACAGUCUUUUGAGUUCUCAAGAUGAAGGAAAACAAACACCCAUGACGUCUCCAGAACGUCUUCCCUUAUAUAAUCCCUUAUACAGAGUUAUAUGGAAAGACUCUUUCCUGUGCUACAAAAUGAAAAGUUGUAAUGGAGGAAGAGGGUGAGUUUGUUUAAGUGCAAUAGUCCUUUAAAGCGUUAAGACUUGUAGCAGCUUAACCACGUCCGUUUGAAUCUAAAGCACUUUAUUUUUUAAACAGUGCAGAUGUUUAAUAAAGACUCAGGAAUGUGUCGUCGAUGUCACAGGUCUGAUUUUCCUUUGUCUCACAACUCGAAACCAACCAAUCAGAAAGAAACAAAUUGGAUACACAGUUACAUUUUAGCGGAGUUCCCCUUUAAUGCAGAAUCGCGACGAUUGUAUUUCACUGUGGGUCUAAACUGUUUCAUUGUUGUCGGAUUAUUGUGUGUCUGUGGAUUUCUCACUUUGUCCCAGUCAUUUGGUGGAGCAUGGGAUGGCUCUCUGUGUUCUGCUAUUCUUUUGUUCACUUUGAUGAAAUUUAAAAUCGCACAGCCAAUAUUUAUUCAAUACUUCUCAGUUUUUCUCAAUAUUUAAUUAUCACUGCAUACUGAAAAUUCUCAAUCCACUCCUGCCUGCAGUCAAAGCCACCUUCAGUACAUGACGUGCAUGAGGCCUCUCUCACCCGUUGGCCGCAGUAAUUGUAGGUGUGUGUGCAGUGAUUGGAACGUGCAGCUGUGUGUGUGCAGCUGCUUUGCAAAGGUGCACUUUAAGAUUGAACCAAAGCAAGCGAAUGCUGUAAACAAACCACCACUGGUGGCAUUUUAAACUUGCCUGUGAUCCAGCUCUUUCAUUCACAAAGAAUGUCAUUGUUUGACAUUAAGUGCAGAAAUGCAGCUGGAUUAAACGAAGAUCUCUUUACAGUGACUUGACUUUGAGGGGCGUGACGGGUUGUUUCGGACAAUCUGGUCAAUUUGAACCCGGAGAACUGCUAUUUAAUGACAGUGCGCUGUAACCAGGGAUUCCAGCUUCCUUCAGAUGAGUGGAGGUUCAUUUGUUUGCUGGAAUCUCUUUUUUCAGUAUUUCUGUAGUUGAAAUGUGAGUGAAAGCAUCACUGAUGUUCAAAGCUGUUAAGGUGACACUGACCAAAUCUGCUGAGUUCUUUUUACUGUUUAGCCCUGUCUGGUUUAUUUCAAUGGCAUCAACAGUUUUUUUUGUUUGUUUGUUUUUUCCUACCCAUAGUCUCUCCUGUGCUCUCCAGGAAAUAAUGUCCCAUAACUACUGUUAACUAAAUACCCAGUGAAUCUGGCUUCAUGUGGAGCUCUUUACAAAAGUUUUUUGUUUGUUUGUUUUUUUGUUUUUAAUUUGACAGUGCAGUCAGUGGUAUUUUUAAGCAAUGGGCUCAUCGCCAUCUCACGUACUGUAGUGUGUCUUCUGUUAGUGUUCAAUGACAGUCACCUAGUGGCCUGAACUGUAUCUUUACAUUCAGAACUAUGACCUCAAAACUAGAAUGUGGUUGUUGUCGACUCUUCUUAUUUGACCUUGUAUGUAACGGUAGACCUUAGUGGUAUACUCAGUGCUAGAGGAUACAUUUAUGUAUGCAUACUGCAUAUUAUAACAAUAGAGGGUGCACUUUGCAAGAAAAAUAAACAAAGGGAGGGGCUGGGGAAUGUGUUUGUUUGCGGGCGGUUGGUGAUGGGGGUAAGUGUUUCUCCUCCUUUGCAUUUAGAUACACACAUAUGUACAAACAUAAGACCUGCCUGCACACUUAAUACACACCUACACAUGCCUCCCCUUAACAGCUCUUCCAUACUGCUGAGCUUUUUUCAGCUCUCUUCUACUUUCUAUGAGUUCUCACAGACUCGCUAUUUGUAGAUAUUUUGCGCACUUGAAGGAGGGGGGUGGGGGGUUUGGUACCGUUUACACAACACUGGAUCUAUUCUGUCGCUCCUUGCCUGUACAUACCACCUUCUACUACUUGUAAAGGAAUCAAACUCUUUGGCACGUGUAUAGCCAGCACUAUGCAGAAACUGAAUUUUCUUUGGCAUGCUUUGAAAUGCAGAAUAUUAUAGAGGAAAAUAUACAAAACAAAUAAAGACCGCUCUAAUUUCUUAUUAAAAUAAUCACCUUCUUGGAAAAAAAAAAAAGAGCUGUCCAUGCUAAAAAAAAAAAAAAAAAUGGAUAUAACGAUGGUGACAAUGAGGGUGAUGAAGCUAAAGACUUUUAAUAUUGUGCACAUUUUUACUUGCAUGCUGCACUGAAAAAUCAUCUGGCAACGAGAAGGUUUGAAGUGCAAAGCAGCUGAUUUUUGCUGUAUGCUUGCAGACUGUGUGUAGAGUGAAACACUGAAUUCUUCCGGGUAACGGGAGAGUCAUUAUUUAUAUAUACAUAUAUACAUACUACUUCCAGGUCAUGGAAGAGAAGGGUACUGAAUAGCUGCAAACAUAGUGAUCCUAGAUGAUACAAUAUUAUAUUGUAUACUUGUAUCUUUGGUUGCAAACCACUGUAACAGAGUGAUGCAUGUUUGGCAGUCCUGGGCAGAACUGUUGACCGUUUCCACAAUAUCCUGGAGAACUUGAUUUCCCAUAUCUGGGCUCCAGGCUGUCUUGCCUGGGGUAGUUAAAUCAAGUACACUUUAAGUAAAUGCAGUUUUGGACCACAUCUUACUAUUUCAGUAAGUGAGAGGUGGUGAAAAGCUGUUAGCAAUAGCAUAUCUUUGACACAUUUUAUUUAAAAGUACAAAGUCAUGACAUGUCCCAUCGAAGCAAAUACUUUGAAAACAGCAAAUCUUUUUAAUCUUGUAUACUCUGGCAGUCUAUGGAAUAUUGCUUAGCCAUAAAAUAAUAAUGCUGAGCUCGCCAAUGAAGUGAUUCUACAACCACAUUUUCCACAAAAACUGGGAAAAUGUGUACCAUAUAAACAAAAACUGAAUGUAAUGAUCCUUUCAACCCUUAAAUUGAAAAUGCAAACAUAACAUGAUGAUUGAUUUUAUGACCUGUAGAACAUCUCACUCCUGAACAAGUCAAUGGGCAACAGGCCAGUAACAUGAUUCGGUGUAAAAAGAGCAAAAAGAGAGGAUCAUUACUCUGUGCAACAUGAUAAUAUGACUCGAGGUAAAUAUUAAAAGGUGUUGGAAGAAAACAUGUGCCCAUCCUGAUGACAUGAAGGUCUUGCUAAUUUCAUGCAGACAAUGCCAGACAUUCUGCAAGUAUUCCAACAGCAUAGCUCUUCAGUAAGGCGCUGAAUUGGCAUAUGUUUAACUCACAGCAGUGUCUCUUCUUUUUUUCUACAUUCUACACAUAAACCCAAUGUUUUUUUUUUCUGAAAAUGAGGUUGUCUGAAGCACUAAUGAUUCAUAUCAAAGACUGCAAAAUGUUGGAGGGGAAACAGUGAUGCUCCAGGUUCUGAUUGUGUGAUAGCAUUAUCAA